GCGUCGGUGCUAGUCGCCCGUGUUUUUGCUCGUUGUUCGUAUUUCCGGCCUGCGUUCGGGGGGCCAGAUGAAACGAUGGCGGUAGGAGGUACUGACAUUCGGGCCGUAGAUGUGGAAGAGGAUGCAUCGCAGCUUGUUUUUCCCAAGGAAUUUGAAACUGCUGAAACUCUUCUAAAUUCAGAAGUGCACAUGCUUCUGGAACAUCGGAAACAGCAGAAUGAGAGUGUAGAAGAUGAGCAAGAACUUUCUGAACUGUUUAUGAAAACUUUGAAUUAUACAGGUCGCUUCAGCCGCUUCAAAAACCGGGAGACAAUUGCUAGUGUCCGCAGCUUAUUGCUCCAGAAGAAACUCCAUAAAUUUGAACUAGCAUGUUUAGCUAAUCUAGGUCCUGAAACAGCUGAAGAGGCCAAAGCUUUAAUUCCCAGCUUAGAGGGUCGGUUUGAAGAUGAAGAGUUGCAGCAAAUUCUUGAUGACAUACAGACCAAACGAAGCUUUCAAUAUUAAAAUGAAUUGCCAGAUUCUUCUGAACUGGGUGGGGUGGGGUGGGGAAUUGAUCUCAUUCUUGUUUCUUUGUACUCUUUUUGAGGUCAACACAUAUUAAUAUAGUAUUUUGUAUUUUGACCAAGUUAUGUUUUCCAAUUUUAUGAAGUUUUUAAAUAUGAAGAAUUUAAACAGUUGAGUGGCAUGAAUCGCAGAACUGUGGAAGGUUUUACCUGAUUGGAAGUGAAUAUUAAACAUAAUUUGAUUUUAGGAGUGCAAAUAAGUUUUUGGAUCCAGUAAUACCAAUUUGAAUAUGAUGUGUGUAAAGUAGGAUAAAUAUUACUAUAUUUAAUUCAUAUUGCUGUUUGAUAAUCGUAGCAGUACAGUAGAAUCAAGAUAAACCUAUGGGGUUUUAUUGUGCUUGUUCUUCAGACUCAGUUUUCUCCUUCAAAAAUAAUUGAAAAUUAAAGUAAAAUAUUUUUAACUAA